UCUGACGCUACGCUCAAAAGUUUCGCCCGUUGCGCGCCUACGGGAUGGGAAAACGUAAAGCGACGUAACUUUUCCGCGGUGCGCGCUCUAUCAUAUUUCUCAAGAAAUUGUUGUAAAUUCGAAUUUUUUUUUUAUUGGAACAUUUCAUCUACCACUUAUUUUUAAUUCAUACAGAUUUCGAAUUUUAUUUGUGAAAAUGGACCGUUGUGGCCUUUGCCGGUUCGCAAUAAUUGAGUAGUGUGAACGUUUAAUGUUUUUUUGUGUUUUUUUUUUUCUUUGAUUUACUUUGCUGACUGGUGGACAGCGCUGGUAGUAGCAAUCGAUAUUGCAGUGUGAGUGCUGAAGACAGCAAACGCGAAAUGUUGGAGGACGCAAACAGCGGUGCCGGCUUGAUACGUAGCACACAUGCUGUCGGCAUCUGAAGUAGGCAGAAAGAUGUCCUAAUAUGGGUUGGUCAUGCGUCGUGGCACGCGCCGUGGCCUUUAUCCUCAUGCUCGGCAAAAUAUCAGCUUUUACGUCCGACAUCUUUGCCGCGGGAAAGUCGGACAAAGAGAUUUUGGACAAUCUUCUUAAAAAUACCCGCUACGACAAAAGACUGCUCCCACCAGUUGAUGGUGUUCUCACAGUAAAUGUUAGCGUGCUUCUCCUUAGCUUAGCAUCUCCAGAUGAAUCUAGUCUUAAAUACGAAGUGGAGUUUUUACUUCAACAACAAUGGUACGACCCUCGGUUAAGAUACUCCAACCAAUCGCAUUACGAUUAUUUAAAUGCCAUACAUCAUCAUGAAGAUAUUUGGCUGCCUGAUACAUAUUUCAUCAUGCAUGGAGAUUUUAAGGAGUAUUCUGAACACUCACGGGAUCCCAUAAUACCGAUGCAUUUUGCGUUACGUAUUUAUCGCAAUGGUACAAUUAAUUAUUUGAUGAGGCGACAUCUCAUACUGUCCUGUCAGGGUCGGCUUAAUAUAUUUCCAUUCGAUGACCCAUUGUGUUCAUUUGCCUUAGAAAGUAUCUCGUAUGAACAAUCUGCCAUAACAUACGUCUGGAAGAAUGAUGAAGAUACACUUAGAAAAUCACCAUCACUGACGACACUGAACGCCUACCUCAUUCAGAACCAGACUAUACCCUGUCCAAUAAAAGCUAGUUGGAGAGCUGAGGGUAAUUCACUUUACGAAGAAGACGAAGAGCUGACAUGUAAUCUUUGCCAGAGACGCUUUGAGGAGCAAGGUAACUACAGCUGUCUAAAGGUUGACUUAAUCUUUACUAGAGACCGAGCGUUCUACUUUACUACAGUAUUUAUUCCUGGAAUAAUUCUGGUGACAUCUUCGUUCAUCACAUUUUGGCUGGAAUGGAACGCGGUGCCAGCCCGUUCCAUGAUAGGUGUAACAACAAUGUUGAACUUUUUUACAACAUCUAACGGGUUCCGAUCAACUUUGCCAGUAGUAUCGAACCUAACAGCCAUGAAUGUUUGGGACGGUGUAUGCAUGUGUUUCAUUUACGCUUCGCUACUUGAGUUCGUGUGCGUGAACUACGUCGGGAGGAAGAGACCACUACACAAUGUGGUAUACAGACCAGGGGAGAAUCCUGUGACACAGCGACUGCCCGCAGUCCUGAGCAGAAUUGGCAUUAUACUGGCCAGCCCCUUGAAGCGAGAAUCAACAGGAGCAGCAGAUUUGGUGUCGUGUACUGCGUGUACCGGCCCCCCCGGCUCCUGUACGCACACCGCCAAUAAUGGCGGUGUAUCCGAGCCAUGUUUCGUCCAGGUUCGCAAAAAAGAACCCCCGCAUCCGAUCCGAGUGGCGAAGACUAUUGACGUAAUCGCCAGGAUUACGUUUCCAACUGCGUACGCUGUCUUUCUCAUCUUCUUCUUCAUUCACUACAAAGCGUUUUCUUAAUGCUGCCUCCACCAUUACAGCUGCCGGUUGCUUUAUACGAAUCGACAUAUUUAUCCUGUUUUAUAUUUGUUACGAUUUGAAUUUAUUACUAUUAUAUUUCUUUUAUGGUGUGACAUUCGGAGGUACUGUGAAAGAUGCCAGCAGUCGUUGAAUAGUGAAAUGUAAUUAAAACUGCCAAUGUAGUUGGAGCAGACAUUAUCCCAAGGCUAAAAGCGCAGCUUUUAAGUAUUUAAGGAUUAAUACUCUACUAAUUAAUCAUUGUGAAAGUUCUACGGGUUUUGAAAUAGUUUUCAACAAUAUGGAAAGGAACUUUACGAAAAUUACAUGUGACUUACAAAUACUUAAGAUAGAAUAAAUAGGAAGGGAACAAUGUCCGGAAAAAUUGGUGGAACGUGAUUGUAUCUACAAUAUGAUGUUAGACCUGAAAAUCAUUAUUGGAUUCCAAAUGAGAACAAGUUUCUUUUUUUCGAUGAUGAAAUCUAUUUCAAGCCUUGAGAUAUUAAGUCCAAUCACAUUGAUUGCAAAAAGUUAUGAAAUUAAUAUAGUGUUUAGAAUUUAAAAAAACAAGAAUUUUAUAUUGAUUAGAAGUUUAUAAUCACUGACAUCACUUAGUCGAAUUUUAUAUUUGUCACGAAUUGCAUUCGAAUUUUAUUUGUUCAAAACACGAAUGUGUUUUGUCAUGUAGGAUCCAAAUCUGUUGGUUCUUAUUAUUUUAGUAAUCCUAUAUACACAUAGUAUUAUUUAAAUGAUAAUAAAUAUUAUUUAUAAAAAUAUUACAUAUAUUAUAUACUAUUAUUUAAAAAAAAAUCACUACAUAGACGUAGAAUUCUAGCUAAAGCUCAAAUCGUUGUAAAUGUCCUUUGAAAUAACUUUAUGGAUCUAUUUUUGUUAAUUCGAAAGCAAAACUUAAAUGACUGUUUCAAAAAUUACCUUAUGUUGUAAUGCACCAUGAACAUGCCUUUUACAUUUUGUAAUUUAUUUUAGCCUUACCUGAAUAAGGAUAGAGAAUACGUGUUAACGCUCGCUGUAAAUAUUGAACCUGGCGAUACGUAAGGUUUUACCUUUUAAGUGAAAAGUGAAAAUGAAUACAUGCAUCACCAAUGAUAUCUUAUAAGGCUAGUUAAAAAAAUUCAAUUCACGAAAUUAAUUUGCCUAAUUACUGGUGAUAGGACCAUAUCGGACCCAGCGUGGUCGUAUCCGGCCAAUUUUUUCCGCGAAUCGGUCAUGCCUUCCGGUUUAAAGGCAAUGGGCGCUACACACGGCAACGAUAUAUCGUAACGAUUUGAAUUUUGACAGUUAUAUUUAAAACCUAGAAAGCCGUACAGUAUACAUACGUUUUCCACACGCCACCGAUAUUUGCCUCGAUCGUCAACAUUCCUGAAAAGCUCACGCGUAAAGCUUGUCGAGGGAAUAACGAAAUACGAAGAAGAACCGUCUGUGUUUUUAGUUGAUUAGGUUUGUGCUGUAAAGACUGGCUUUUAAAACGGAAUUUAAACUCUCAUUUAUAUACAUUGAAUGAACCGCAAUUCACGCCAAACGAUGCAUCUGCCUCCGAUCGACUGUGUACACGAAAUAAUCUGAUAUUUCACACACAGUAUGAAUAAAACGAAGAAAAAGACUCUGCAGAUAAAUCGGUACGAUAUAUCGUUGUGUUUAGGGCUCUGCCGGUUAUGGGCAUCCACGCUGCGAUGCGUAUGGGCUCACCAUCAAGCACGGCAAUCUAUAUCAUCGAAUCCAAACAUAACUGAUAUUACAAGCUCCGAAUUUACAUUCAAAUAUAUUAGAUAUUAUGUACAUCUGCUUAAUAAAUUACCUUUUAAGGCACUCCUUUUGACGUCCUUAAAUAAAUAUUACCCUCAAUAUUCUAGUUUUAUAGAAUAUCAUUGCGCAUAACGAAUAUGAAAAUAUUGUGCUGUGAGACUAUACCGUCAACUAAUGUGUUGCAUAAUUAGAAUUUGUUGAUAUUAAGACAAAUUAGUGCGUAGGUACUUAAAUUACUGUCGUUCGAUAACGAUGCGUAUUUAUGAGCAUACUUAGAAUUCACACGCUAGCUAUUAUUAUUCAAUUAAUAAGUACAUAUUAGAAGCACCGUAUGAUCAGCCAUCACUUUGAUAUUGGAGCAAAUUAAUACUUUCCUGCAAUAUUUAGUCUUAGGAAUUAGGGGUGGGCGCUGCAACUAUGGUUCGGGACCGCUUAAAAGAAUCAUUAUGUAAGCGCUAAUCGCAUCAAAAUUAUAUGAUAAGUGUCAAAUCCGUUUUUUAUAUUUUUAUGCUUCGAAAAAUACAGGCAAAAUGUCACAAUGGCGGCCAUAGAUGGUCGUUGCAACUAGUAAGUGUCACAAAGUUCAAAUUCCGAACGACGUUGCGUCAGACGAACCACAGAAGAAAGAGUUUCGUUUGGUCCGAUUCAAAAAAGUAAUCUCCUAUUAUUAUAUUAGGAUUUAUUUCUUAUUGUUACACUGAAUCAGUUGUAACGACAACCGUUUCGGAGUCUAGUUUUUGUUGUUGAUUGGCAAAGGAAAUGAUCCGUCAACGUACGUCUCACCUCUCCCAAAAAUUAUGGCUAGAAAAUUAUAACUUUACAUUUUGUUUCCACAAAGUAAAAAAGAUUCAUUGCUUAAGUAGAAAUCUGUGAUUACACAAAUUCUAUCAUGGAACAAAUCAAAUUCCAUUUGUUCAUUUCACCAAAAUAAAAUAUACCUAUUUUGUCAUCGAAUAAAAUGCCUUUUGCUUAUUAAAUCGCGGACCAAGGAGUCAACUGUUUUAUUAUUAGAUUUUAUAUCAAAAUUAUAAUAUGUAUUGUACGUAAAACUAAAAUUAAGACAUGUUUCGGCUGUGCUUUAAAAUACGAUGUAUUUUACUUUAAAGAUAUAGAAAUAUUAAGUAUCUUUUAUUUUAAUUUUCAAAAUAACACAAUUAUUUCAUUGAUUUUAUGAAAAAUAACUUUACUUCAAUCUGUAUAUUAAAACAUACAAUAAAUGAAUUAUUUGACAAAUUGUUUGCAAAGUAUAAGUAUUUAGCAAGAUGUACACAUUUGAUGACUGCUUUGUAGAUAUUAAGGUUGUUAAGAGAAACUUCUAUACCCAGCUACACAAUAUUUUGUUGAAUUAUUUUGAUGAAUAUUUAUUAUAUAUAAAAUAAUUUGUUGAAUUAUAAAUAUUUGAAUAAUGACUUAAAAUUUACUUCUAUACACGGGUAAAACUGCUUAAAAUUUACAAUUUAAAAAAUUGGAUUAUACAGUGCACGAAAAGGAGUGCGAGACACAUACAUUAUACAUAAUAUAAAAUAUUCAAAUAGUGUUAUAUUCAAUUACUAUAUUUGUAUGUAUUUUAAAGAAUUGUUGCCAAUUAAACUGUUCAAUUAAAAUUAUAUAUUUUUAAAUAUUAGUUUAUCACGGUGUGAUUAAAACAUACACAAAAGAGUGUUAUAAUAUCUUAAAUAAAAUCUUAAAUAAAUUGAUUCGGUCAUAUAGUAUUUCAAAAGAUUAAGUGAUAAAUUUAUAGAACUAACAAAUUGUCUAUGUUUUAUAAAAUUUAAAUAUAUAUAGAAUAAAUUAAUAACAUAUCAUUCGCUUUAUAAUAAGAUAAAUUUGGAUAUAUUUCCUGUUAACUAAAUGAAAUUUAUUAUAAUAUUAUCUAUAAUCCAGUGUUACUGAACUUUGGAAAUAUGAUUCCCUCCUAGCUUUAAUAUCAAAUGUAAAUAAUUUAUGAAACUCUUAUCGAGAAGUAAAAUCGCGCUGCAAUUACCUAAUUCUAUUGAUUUUUUUUUGUCAUUAUUUACGAAUCACCUGAUUACUAUAUAUGUAGGGACGACCAUUAUUACUAUUUGGACCGCGAAAUAGUAAUUAUGUUUGAUGUAUGCCGUUAGACCAAUGCAUGACACUUCAAUCUUAUGAUUCUAUCAUAUGGUGGUAGGAUCUCUUGUGAGCCCGCACGGGUAGGUACCACCACCCUGCCUAUUUCUGUCGCUAGGCAAUAAUGCGUUUCGGUUUGAAGGGUGGGGCAGCCGUUGUAACUAUAUUGAAACCUUAGAACUAAUAUCUAAAGGUGGGUGGCGUAUUUAUGUGGUAGAUGUCUAUGGGUUCCAGUAAUCACUUAACACCAGGUGGGCUGAAGGAAGGACUAAAUCCCUUCGAAAUACUGAUGUGGAAGGACGUGGGAACCCACCACUAAAAGCUCUAAGCAAUAAAAAAUUUAAAUAAAAUAUUUUUGUUACAUUUCGUGCAGUUUAAAAACCGACUAUAGGCUUUGUAAAACACUACUUUUCUUAUUGAUAGCUAUGCAUUAAAAUAUGGUCGAGUUAGGCUUUCGGAAGCGGUUUCCGGUUUUGGUUUGAAAUUGCUCUGCGUUCAAGGGGUUACAGAACAUCUGUGCCGUAAGCUCUGUGGGAUUUAGCAAAACUUAUGACAAACCGUUAAAUAGACGCUAGGUAUACUAAUUAUUUAUUGGUAUACUAACAAUCUUCGGAAGCCAGAUACAUACCUCUCAUGCACAUUAAACAUACAAUUAACGAAACCGUAUUAUAGGUUUCAUUACACAUCCGUAUUUCGUAACUUUGAAAUGUCAAAAAAUCAGACGUUCUUAAAACUAUAUAAGUUGUUUUAUGUUCCUAAAACGAAUAAAAUUUAGUUACAGAAAAUUUAUCAAUAAGAUCAGAUCGGACGGUAUAUUACUGUGAAGGUACACAACUUUUACAAAAGUAAAAUAUGUAGAAGGCACUUCUGAUUUUUAACUUUCUCGGACAUACUUUCGCUUAAGGGCGGAUCCAGCUUUGGUGCCAGGAGGGGGUCUCAUAGUCAUGGUCAAGUCAAGAACUAAUAAUUUAAUUUUGAUAACAAUAGAUACAAGUAAAAAGUAGAUAUUUUAUUAAUGUACGCAAGUACUGUACUUAAAAAUAUUUAUUCUUUAUUGUACACUUGAAAAACUUAACACAUAAUAACUUGUACAUAUACACGUACAUAUUGUCAUCUUCUCUUGAAGACAUCCAGAGAAGCACUAUCACGCCCGGAAUGAGGCAGCUUAUUUGAGUCGUCUAUUAUCAAAGGUGGCAAUCUGUGCAUUUGGACAAAUUUUUUUUAUUAAUAUGUCAAUACAGAUUGAUUUGAAUAUAAUCGUCUCCUUCAAAGAAUACGGUUCAAAACCUGCAUUAAAUAAAGGUUAAUAGUUAACCUGUUAUUUAUCUAAGAUAUCGUUCCGAAGAGUUUUGUGACUGCCAAUGGAAUACAAAGUCAAUAAUUCGUUUUUCUGAUUUACCAAUCAUUGUCCAAAAGUCAGAUUGCCGGCUUUGAUAAUAGUCGACUCAUUUAUAUUCCAUAACCGUGAUGAAUGGUUUGUCAUAACAGCAAGAGGUAUAUCGAGGGGUAUGACGCAAAACUCCGCAAAAGUGGUACGACAAGGGUUUCCAACAAACAAAAUAGAAACAGACAAAAUACAUAUAUUAUAUAUAAUAAAUAACAAAAUCAAUUUUUCUUUUACGUCUUCGUCUUCUCCCGAAACGUGUUAUUACGUCAUUUAUGUUAAUGGGUACGUUUUUAUGAACGUGGAGAAGUGCCAGUCCGGUUAGAUGAUUUUCAACCAUUGAAGAUCUUAGCCACGAUUUAAGUCUGCGCAACGUAGAGAAAGACCUAGACGUUAUGUAGUCGACAAGCGCGCGCGAGUGUGGCGCGGUAAAAUUCAAAUUUUCGAUGCGUUCGUUCCUAAACAUUUGCCAUCAUACAAAGUUAUUAUAUUAUAUUAAAUUAAUUAAGGAGCAAUAUAAGGAGCAACAAUAUAUUGUGUCCUAAAAUCAUUAUGUUCAAUAUGUGGUCCACCUAGGGACCAGCUCAGGGGGGGGUGGGUCAUAACCCCAUGACCCCCCCACCUGGAUCCGCCCUUGCUUUCGCUUAACAAUGCAUGACUGUUUUAUCGCUCUAUUAUCAAUGAAGUAUUUUGGCCUAUUGUGAGUUGUCAUUACCUAUUACCACUGUCAUUGCUAUUUGACUCAUAAGUUUGAAAAAUAUAGUAACCCUGAUUCCGUUGCAAUAGAGGUUUUGAUGUCAUAUUUAAACUGAAGUUGUGACUUUGUAUUAUGUUAUGGAUUGGAUAUUAAUGGAUAUUGAUUAUGUAUUUUGCGUAAAUUUAAAAUAUUAUACAGUAAGUAAUAUUCCGCAAUUGGAUUCAAGUGUUAUAAAUUUUAGUUUCAAAGACAUGGGACGUAAUUUGUGUUUAUGUUUUACUCUAUAUACAUAAACAGACGUUAUUGACAUAAUAUGUAAUAUAUUAUUUGCAAUUCCAACGUUUGCGCUACUUUACAAUUUUUGAAGUCACUGACAAUUAAGGGUCAGUAUAAUCCAUAAAAGUAGUUUCAAAUAUAAAUAUUUUUAAGUUCUUUCCUAUUAAUAUUUAUCACUAUAGAUAAACAUAUACUUCAAAAAUAAAAAACAAAUCCUUUAUUAUUAAUGAUUCACUUCACAGGCAAUAUUAUUAUCUAUGUAUUUUUAUUUAUUUAAAAUUAGAAAGACAACCUUUUGGACUCGUUAGUAUGUGCAAUACAAGGGUUUUUGUAUUUUGUAUGUAUUUAUUUGUUAUUAGACAACUGUAAUGUCUUAUGAUGGAUCAGAUUUUUUUCACUACUUGCCUUAUUGUUAUAAUUCAAUUAUUUUAAAUGUAAUGUAUUAGAAUAUAACACUUUUUGACAUCAUAAUGUAUUUUUUUAAAUAAUAAUAUUCCGAAGCUCGUUACCUUUGCACGAAAAGAAAAAUAAAGAUCGUUGGCUGAAAUCAUUUUAUGAUCUAUUGUACUAUGUCCGCGCGUGCGCCCUUUGUAAAUAGUUUUAUUGUAAAAUUGAUUAAUUAAAACUUUCAUUAAAUAAAAUACAAACAACAA